UCUGAGUGCCCAAGAACCGGGGCAGCAGAUUGUGGCCUUCCAGAGAUGGCGAGGGGGAAAGGCCGGCGCUUUCCCUCUGCAGACACAAGCCACACUCGAACAUCACUCACUCCCCCAUGUGGACCGAUGAGGGAUAUCCUGGUCCCCGAUGAUCUGAGCUGACAGACUCAUACCUCUCGGCGAACCUUGCUGUACUCCUAAGCUGAACGGAGAUGGAGGUAUCCAAGAUGGCAGAUGCACCAGACCCAGCUACAUACAGCCUGCAGCUACCUCAACUCGACACAAAACUGAUCCUAGCUUCAGCCACACGCACAUGUUGCCCACCUGGGCUGAGAGUAAAGUGGGUCUCAACCCGAAGGUACCGGCCACACUCACAGAGGGCCACAGGGUGCAAAAGAAAGUAUUUGCACCAUACUAUCCCACAUGGGAAGACCCUGGACCACAAUUCUGGGGCUAGAGGGGCACCCCGACUUCACAUCGCUGCACUGUUCCCCAAAGUGGACUUGGCUCAACUAUACGACAUGGCCCUCGUAGGGGAGUCGGAAGACUGUCUGACCUGCCAGCACACUGGCCCGUGA